UUUUGUACAAGAAGCCUGUGUAGUUUGUAGUUGACCGGUUUUCGACGAAAAUUGGUUGCAAAAGUUACAUUUUGGUGGUCAGUCGACGCAGAACUGAUACCAAAUAAUAACUGGAUAACCAUGGAAGUUAUUAUGUACGAUUUUGACUUUGUGAGGUGGGUAACACUGUCGAGUUUUCUGUGAUAAUUUUCACCGUGUUGUGACUGAAGAUGGCAGAGGGUGGUUUACAGGAAGAAAUAAUGGCGGACAAACAUGCGAUGGAUGUAGGUGGUGAUGAAAGCUCACAGCUUUACCUAACAGGUACCGCUGCUAGCCAAAAGAAGAAGAGUUGCUUCCAAAUAACAAGUGUCAAGGUGUCGGAGAACACCAACAAUGAUGAUGCUGAAAGUAUGGAUGAACUCGACGAAAGUCACGCAGAGGAUGUGUCCUCUGACUUACUUGACAUGUCCAAAAACACAUCACAAGAUCUCGACCAAUCAAACGAAGAUCUCAUGUCUCCGGAAAUUAUUAAGGAAACCUUACCACCGACUGUCAAUGGCAACAACCAGGGAAACGGUCCCUCCAGGUUUCGAGUUGUUAAAAUUGAAACAACGGAGCCGAUCAAACGGGGUAGGUGGACUUGUACUGAUUUCUUGGACCCAGCUGAGAAACCAAAAGAGCCAAAAGUUGAAACCAUUAAUGUUCCGGAAAGAACCGUUGAGAUAGAGCCGGGUUCUGGAAAUUCUAGUGCAGCAAGUUCGGUUCAUUACACUGCCGGUCAGGAUGCAAUUACAGAAAACCCUGUAGUUUUGCCUGUAAGUGAACAACCAACUACCAAUAUACAGCCACAGGUGAAAUCUACAAAUUCAAGCACGCCAACUCAGAAUCCGACCCCACAGCAAAACCAACAAAACAUACCAACAUCACAGCAAAACACAGGACAGAACAAUGCACAACCUCAAGGUGGGAAUCAGAAUCAGGGACAGGAGGCUGUGCAGUCAUCGGUAACACAGUCACAGCCUGCUUCCACUCUCCCAGGGCUUACUGAUUAUAGUUCCCUUUCUAUGAUGGAGCAUAUCAGAGAUACGCUGAAUGUCAAUGACAUGUCUUCUGGAGCCCCAUCAACAGAUGGCCAGUCAGAAGGCGAGGACAGUGCUUCAGGUGCUAGCGUGGGAGCGAUUGAUAAUAAAAUUGAACAAGCUAUGGACCUUGUGAAAAGUCACCUUAUGUAUGCUGUGAGAGAAGAAGUAGAAGUACUGAAGGAGCAAAUAAAGGAACUGUUGGAGAGGAACUCUCAACUGGAGAAGGAAAAUACAUUGCUACGACAGCAACAGGUACAAGUGGUAACUGCUCAACAAACCCCAGGGCCGGUACAGCAGCAGCAGCAGCAGCAGCAGCAGCCACCAACAAAUCCAGCUCAACAGCAGCCCCAAAUGCAAUCGACAGCAACACAGUCAAAAACGCCAGUAGAGCAGCCAAGUUUAAUAGUAGCAACACAGUCAGCUACGCAGUCAUAGCAUAGACUUGUGUGUAGAUAGAAAUGUAGCUGUAGUUAGGUAGAUACAGAUUGUACAUAAAGGGAACAUUGGGAGCACACAGAUUAAACUCUCCCUUCCAUUGAAGUAAUGCUACUUUGCUUAUCAACUUAAUUCAUCACAUGCUGCUACUUCUGCCAAUCACUCUGUGCAUCUUCCUGAAUGUUUUCUGUGAACUAAGUAGCAGCAGCAAGAUGGUUGUAGAUACUUAUUUAUCAAGUUGUGUACUUUUUCCGUUGAAUUGGUCACUUAAGUCUGUGUGCUCCAAAUGUGAGAAGUUGUGAGAAAACAAAUGCUUAAAAUUUUACAGAGUGAUUGUAUUUUUUGAACCUUUUUUGCAAUGGGGAAGGGGGAGUGAGGAGGCUGAAUAAUUUCUUUUGAAGUUUCUUUAAUAUUACAAGAAAAUGGGUGUCAUAGAAGUCAAUUUUGGAAAUUAUUUAAUACAUUCAGGGUAUUAUGCGUUUGCAGUUUGAGAUGGUACACCAUUUGUUGAUGGUUGGGGGAAACCAUGUGUACCUCUCACCAGUCGUAGCAUUAUAAACUAUAGAAUUUGGACGGUAGAUGUUAGAAAUUAAGACGUGACAUUAUUUCUGGCUAACAAAGCAACUUUGUUCAUGUAAAUAUAUUAUGCAUUUAAAAUGUUAUCCAGAGUUCCAGAUUGAGUUCAUCUUGUGGAAAGUCAUCCGUCUCCAGUUACAUUUUUUUUUAAAGACUAUUUUAUUAUCCCUGUAGUAGUUGAUUAACGUUGUGCCUUUCCAGUUUUUCAAACAUUGUGUGUGUCACCUGUGUGAUGGUUUGCCAUGUGACACUUGACAAGCGUUGUGCGUAAUUUCAGCAUCUAUUGCUCGCAUUUUUCUGAAAUCAGCAACAUUAGUGAUGUAGUAAAUUCUUUUCAUUCGCCAGAAAGUGAGAAAGCAAUAAUUUAGCAGCAUUCAGUCUACACACGUCCAUUAGUUGUUAAUGCAAGUUGUACUUUUCUUCCUUGUGAGGCCAAUGUUUAGAUCCAGUUAACAUGUUCAUAGGAAUCUGUACACAGUCCAGGAUGAAAGAAACACAGUUAAUUUCUUAAAUUCUGUCAAGCUUUUAGUCUAUUUACAAUGAAAUUCAAAACUAUGUGUCUGAGCUUUGUAGGUAAGUAACAUUAAUAAUAUUGCAAACUACUAUAUGGUAUAGAGCCUUUCUGAAAGUAAAGUAUUUACUUGCAGCACUUUACACAUGAAAUCCUUAGUCUAAGAAUUUAUCAAGGCAUCCCAUUCAGAUGCUAAUUUAACUAGGAAUUUAAAUUUGUACUUUUUAGCCGUGUCAAUUUUCGAUGUUAAUUUCAGCUACCACCUUGUAAAUAGUUUGCUUACAGUAAAUAUGCUGUUCCCCUCUCCCUUUACAGUCUGCUGCUUCUUCACCUGUAGUAUAGGUGCCACCCUCUAUGCUCCAUAGAUGUAAUAAAAUUAUUCAUUUUUUUUAGUCCCCUUGUAAUAUAUGUCCAUAAUCCUGAGCUUUUGUUGCAAUAAGCAAUAAUGAAAAGCAAGAUAUUUCAGAACUCAAAUUUUGUUUUUGCUGUAAAGAAACACCGUUUAGAAUUGUAGUAUUGAUAGAAUGUUUAAGAGAUUUACUCAAUGUUUUAUCAUAAAGGUGCUAGAAUUUGAGUGGGCCCUGCACAUAAUUUUGUACAAGUGAUGCACAUGUUUUUCACUGCUUUAGAAUGUUUCUUGGAGGGUGAGGGUGUGUGUGUUUAAGUGAUCAAUUUAUUGUGCAGGUACUAAUAUACAAAAAUUCAGAGUAUAUGCAAGAAACUUUCUUUUUUAUUCUGCCAAUAUGUGCUGUGUAGAAAGCUAUUCUCUUUCCUUAAUGUUGCAUUUGUGUCUCAAACUGAAGGAGAUGACACUUUAUACAGCAGUACAUCAAGGCAGUGAGAGCAGCAGACAUUUUCGUGAACUUUGCAGUAACAUUUUUGCAGGGAUUUCAAAGCAGUAUUUUCUUGUAGCUGGUUAACAUUUCAAGUUGUCUUGGUGCUGUUAAUUUACUUGAAGAGUGCCUGCUGCACAUAGUGAUCUCCACAAUUUUGCUUUGUGAAUGUCCCCCCAUUAACAAAACAGAGGGGAAGUUUAUUGCUCUAUCUAGUCUUUGCUAAUGAAAUCACAAAAUGAAACCGAAGUACUUUGUGGAAGCAGUUCAUUGGGAAAAAGAAACAUUGAUUAUAAUCCUGGUAGCCAUGUUAUAGUCUGAUCAAUCAAGUAGUCUUGGAUUACUUAGUGUGCUGAUGCACAGGAAAAAAAAAGCAAAUUCCUGAGACGUUUUGAAUUUAGAAAUAACAAUUUGGUAGGGGGCACACUAUUGUUCAGUUUCAAAGUUAUUCCAUUUUACCCCUUCAUAACCAUUAGAGAAGUAAUGAUAAUUGUUCGCUGUGAUUUUUCUGUAUCAGAAAAUCUUUAAUAAUAUUGUGAUGAAUGCCACUAACUUGAUAAGAAAAGCGAUGUUAUAUUUUUUAGUGACUUGUGAAUGCUAUGCUGUUGAAGUUUUUUUUUCCUGAAAAAUUAAAUGAGAAAAAAAGAACGCCUGCCAGGCUCAAGAUUGCCUUGAAAACCUAACAA